AUGGACCCAGCGCCCCAAAACCAUGAAGUAGACGAAGAAUUGACGCUAUACAACGGCAAAAUAAAAAAGGCGACGGCAGACGAUCGCCGCGCGGAAAGAAAAGCGGCCAACGAGAGUCUCGCCGCUGAACUCACCGCCUUCUUCGGUGGCAGUAUCAUCGACUUUUUCUGCGCUCGUCUUCACCGCCGCAGAAUGUUCGAGGCAGCUGGUUACUGCGCUCUUAUACUUUGCUCCAGUUCGUUCUCUGAUAUACACAUCGAGCUGAUUAAGCCGCUGAAGAGGAUGGCGAUUUCCAAUCUUCUCAACCGACGAGUCCGAGCUCUACCAGAGGAGGACGAAGAGGUUUACUCGGAAGCAUCUGCAUCCGAGCGGGAAAGUAAUGGUGAAGAGGUUGAUGAAUCAGGAUCGGAUCUUAGCGGUGAUGGCUCAGAAGGGGACUAUGACGCUGAUUCCCACAGCGAGGCAGAUGACAUGAGCAAUGAAGACGAGGAAGAGGGCCAUGAGGAAGAUGACGAGGACGACGAAGACAGCGACGACGGCGAAGACGACGUGCAAGCUUCAUUAAGCAAUAUAUCUUUCGGCGCACUCGCCAAAGCGCAAGCCUCAUUAGGCCCCAAAGCCAAGCGCAAAUCCAAAUCCGCCCAGUCAACGACAGAAGUCGGAGAACCCCAAGCUGCCUCCCCAUUAGACGACAUUCGCGCUCGGAUUCGCGAAGCCCGCGAACAGAAACGACAGGGAUCCUCAAAUUCGAAAGACGCCGAGAAGCUUUCCCGCUCCUCCAAACACGCACCGAUGGUGCAGUCGUCCAGACGCCCCGUUUCCCGCAAGCGCACCAUCAUCGAGCCGCCGGCUGCCCUCAAAACGCGGGACCCGCGAUUCGAUCCCACGGUACGCAGCCAAAGCGGGCGUAACGAAGCUUCCCAAAACGCCUACGCCUUCUUGGACGAUUACCGCGCUGCGGAGCUCAAGGAAAUGAAGGAGAAGCUCGCAAAGACUAAGGAUCCGAGACAGAAGGAAGCCUUGAAGCGUGAUAUUCGGGCGGCUACGGACCGUCUGCGCACAAUUGAAAACAGAAGACGGGAGAAGGAGGUGUUAGCGGAGCACAAGAAACGAGAGAAGGAGCUCAUCCGCGAAGGAAAGAAGAGUAACCCCUACUUCCUCAAGCAGUCGGAUCUUAAGAAGCAGGUGUUGCUUAAGAAGUAUGAGAGCAUGGGCUCCAGGCAACGAGUGAAGGCGCUAGAGAGAAGGCAGAAGAAGUUGACUGCUAAGGAGAGGAAGGAAAUGCCUAUGGAGCGACGCGGAUUCGAGGAUGAUUCCAGGCAUUUCAAUGACGGCGGGGGCAGAAAACGCAGGCGGAUUGCUUAG